GGUCCGGCUGAGGACCCAGGACUGGACGGUGCUAGACCCUGGGCUCCACUGCUCUGCAGUGGAAUUUGGUGCCUCUCCCAUCCCAGCCUGAUCAUCUGCUCCUUCACUUGGCCACGGGCUUCCCCUUUGCUAAGUGAGCUGAAACUCGAAAUAGCUGCAGUCAGAACCCGGGACUUUCUCCAGCUCCUGCCAGCAGCAAGGUGGCUGCCUGCCGUGGCCGUGAGUCACCCAUGAGCAGCCCCCGGCCCCCUGCAGGGUCUCCCUCGCCUCCCAGGAUGUGUGGCAGCUUCCUGUGGCGGCUGGCGGUGGAGGAGAGUCAGCACUGCACCCCCGUGGGGCGCCUCCUUCUGCCUCUGCUCCUGGGGUUCCGCAUCCUGCUGCUGGCCACGGUGGGCCUGAGUGUCUACAGCCACGAUCAGCGGGAAUUCACGUGCAACACGCAGCAGCCGGGCUGCAAGGCCGCCUGCUACGACGCGGCCCACCCCUUCUCGCCUCUGCACUACUGGGCCUCCCAGGUGCUCCUGGUCGCCAUGCCCAGCGCCAUCUACCUGGGCUUCGCCUUCUACCACGUGCUCUGGCGUUGGGACCCAUCUGGGACGCUGAAGGAGGAGGAGACGCCCCUGCGAGAGGGCGGGGGCGGCUCUGACACCCCGGGAACCGGGACCCGCCAGCUCCUCUGGGCCUACGUGGUCCAGCUGGGGGUGCGGCUGGCCCUGGAGGGGGCGGCCCUGGGGGGACAGUACCAGCUCUACGGGUCCAAGGUGCCGGCCUUGUUCUCGUGUCGCCGGGAGCCUUGCCCCGGGAGUGUGACGUGCGUUUUGUCGCGGCCGUCGGAGAAGUCCGUCCUCUUGAAGGCCAUGCUGGGCGUCAACGGGCUCUGCUUCCUCUUCACGCUCCUGGAGCUGGCGCUCCUGGGCCUGCGGAGAUGGUGGCCCACCUGGAAGCAAAGACACCCCUUUGCUAAGUGCUGCCCGACCGCAGGGGCUGCCGGAGGUGACAAGGAACAGAGGGGUAGCGUCCCAGAGGUGGUAACAAAAGGGCAUCCCCGAGAAGCUGGAGAGGGGCCCGUAUCUUCCAGCCCCUGAAGCCAUCCUUGGAGGGACCCUCUGGCUGGUCCCGAAGGGGCCCCAGGCGGAGGUCCUCACACUGCUCCCUCCACUCAGUUCCUUCCAGUGCGCUACAGGCCACAGCUCUGCUUCCUCCCCGCCUGCUCUGGCUCACCUAGAAACAAGAAUCAGUCCCAUUGGGCCCAGAGCUGUAGCACAGCAGGGAGGACACUUGCUUUGCAUGUAGCCCACCUGGGUUCAAUCUCCUGUGAUUGUCUGAGCUCCUCCAGAGCAAUUCUUUUUCUUUCUUUCUUUUUUUUUUUUGUUUUUUUGGUUACACCUGGUGAUGCACAGGGGUCACUCCUGGUUCUGCACUCAGGAAUUACCCCUGGCGGUGCUCAGGGGACUGUUGGAAUAUUUCCCCUUUCCAGCUGCCUUCUGGAGUUUUGUCACAGAAACCUUUUGUCACAGAAACCUAGCUGAUCUUUGACCCGCAGAUCUAAGGUGCUAGCCAGGCUUGAUUUGACAUUGUAGAUUCCAGGCUGCAGCCCAGCCUGGUCUUUGGGAUGUAAAUCCGAGUGCUUUCAGCCCAAAGAAGGCUUCCGUUUUGGUUUUGUAUCUUCUUUGGGGGGGGGGGGCUAGAUUAACGGCCUGCAGAUACAAGAGAAUUAUGUUGCCUCAACAUUCUUCCUGUAAGAUCUUUUGGUGCCUUUGGUGACGUCAAUGUAUUGUGCCCUUUGGAGGGGCCAUGAUCAAUAAAAGGGGUUCGGAGAGAAGGUGGGGGGGGAAAGUGUAUAGAGGUGGAAAGUGUAUAGAGGCGGAAAAGUGUAUAGGGGCGGAAAGGGUAUAGAGGGCGAAAAGGUGUAGAGAGGACGGAGAGUGUAUAGAGGGAAGACUGGAAUAAACUGCAAGUGAGACCAACCAUCUUGGCUCCGUUCCUUCCUUCACCUGCCACAUCUUCGCCACCAACCUCCCUGGGGUGGGGGAAGCGGCCGGAGGCUACCGAACUCGGGUGGCGGGAGAGACAGCUGCUGCCCUAGGCCCUGUGCCUGGCUUGGUGCGGUGAGGCGUCCCUUCCCUCGCCUGCGCUUUUUCUUCUUAUUUUUAUACAGGGGACCAUAUGGGAUGCUGGGAAUUGAACCCGGGUUGGCCACAUGCAAGGCAAACUUCCACCCACUAUACUAUUACUCCCGCCCCUCCAGAGCAAUUCUUGAGUGCAGAACCAGGAGUAACUCAUGAGCACUGUCAGGUGUGCCCCCAAACCAAACAAACACCGCCCACCCACCCCAAGUCUCAGCUCUGUUUGCCUCUGACUUUGCAGGGUUGUGGCAAAGCCCCGAUAAAUUCUUCUUCCCAUCUUGAGAGGCCAUGAAGCAUCUCCGAGAGCUAAAGGGCUCCAGAGCUUCUGGGCCAACCCCCACUUGCCUUUCCUCAAACCGGAUUCCAGAGUCAGUUGCAGAAGGCUCACGGCCCUCUCUGUCCCGGCAGUCACCCUGAGGCUGGCUGGGACCCUCCUACUGCUGGGAACCUUCCUCAGCUCCCACAUUAUCUGCAACUUCUCAGCCUGUGACCUCUGGGGGCCCAGAGACCUUCACAUAGUCCUGUUCCUAGGGCCUUCUGAAGAGACCUAUUCCAACUCUGCUGCCUUCGGGGGCCGCCGUGGUCCAGGGCGCACAAAGAGCCCCGAGUUCCCUUCACUUCUUUCCCUUUGUGGCUGUGCAGAGCCAGUUGCCCUCAGAACCCAGCAAGGGCGCUGCCGACCCCCACCAGCACAUGGCUAGCACAGUGGGUUUGACGGCUGAUUUGAGGGUACCAGGAGGGAGGCACUCCAGCAGAGUCUAACUAAGUGGGUAAUUUCUUGUCUUAAACUUAAUUUAUAUUUGCCUUUUGGCCACACCCAGUGGUGCUCAGGCUUAUUCCUGGCUCUACACUUAGGAAUUACUCCUGGUGGUCUCAGGGGGCCAAUAUGAGGUGCCGGGAUCGAACCUGGAUUAGCCAUGUGUAAAGCAAGUGCCUUACCAUUGUACUAUCUCUCCAGCCCCUAUUACAAAGAAAAUUUGUGUGGGGUGGGGGGGUCACUUGUGGUGGUCCUUGGGGGCCAUUCCCACAGGGCUCCAGCUAGGGGUCACUCCCAGGGUGCCAGAGAUCAUACCUGAACACCUCAGCGUCACGCAGUGGGCACUUUACAGCAUUGUGGUCCUUUUUGUUAGCGCAUCACCCUCAUCCCUGGCGAGGGCUAGACUCUCUCCCCAGUUCUUGUCCUUGAAUCCUCAGCCCAGAGAAGUUCCUUCAUUUUGUUUUCUUCUAAGUCCCAAGUUAUCACUGAGUCAAUCAUGAAGAUUCAUUUCCAGAGAAAGGGACUGAUUCCCCCAGGAACACCCAGCUGCAGUGCGUAAAAUACUGAUUGUCCUUUCUGCAACCCAAUUGUUUCAUUAAAAACACAAAACAAAACAGUAUGACACUAAGAUCCAAUGCCAAGGAAAAUGGGCCAAGAGGACUGGUCAAUGCUUGGUCAAUGGUGUGGGAGACGGAGGGUAGUUAAGACAGAGGAGGGACCAUUAUGACAAUACUAGUUGGAAAUGAUCACUCUGGACAAGAACUGAGUGUUGAAAGCAGGUAAAGGGAUAUCCAUGAUAACCUUUCAGCAUCUGCAUCACAAACCAUAAUGCCUAAAAUGAGAGAGAAAAAGAGUGAGAGAGAAGAAAGAUGCCUGUGAUAGAAGCAGGCUGGG